AGAGUUCUGCGGCUUGCUGUUCCUCCCUUAUUUCUUGCCGGUAGCAUGGUUUUUCUCUACUACCUCAUCGACCAACUCAAUCCCACAUCGAAGGAGAAGAAGGCUGCAAGGAAAAAGGUGGGUCGACGUUUUUCAUUUUCCCUUCUCGAUUCACUUUUGCACUUAUUUGUUCGACUUAAAUUGGCCGGUUUUCGGGCCUUCUCUGCCCUUUUAGUUGUACGCUACUAG